GAGGGGGAAAAAAGCUACAUUAACUGAGCCUGAGAAGCUUCAAUGCUUAAAAAUAAAGCGCGUUCAUUGUAAUGUUCCUUGAUGGAAGAAGUGCAGCGGAAGCAGGACAGAUAAAGGAUAAAGUCAGUGAAUACAUUUACGAAAUAUUUAAAUUCUGAGCCUUCAAAUUGAGGUAUUGAUAGUGAUAACUAGAAUUUGGAUACGUUGAUCAUAUUUAUUGAAUAUUUUUGACUCCAGUGAUGUAAAGACGUGAUGGGACUUCCAAACUGAAGUUUCAGCGCCUUAACGUUACUACUUCCGGUUCACUUGAAGUAGCAACAUCUAUUCACUCAUCCAGGACUUGCUGUUCUUUUUGUGUUCCCUUCUAACCAAACGAGCGCCUUCAAAACAUUCUCAUCAGAUGCGACAAAUUACUACUAAGUGAAUGCCAACGCAAUCCCAAACAUCCAAGUCAAUGAGGAGAGGAAAUUCAGGUCACGACGAACAACUGCAAAAGAAAAUGAGGUGUCCCGCCGAUGUCACUGUAGAAGAUCUUCACCAUGAGAAGCAUAAUCUCCUACUUGUUAAAAGGGAAGAGGAGUCCGAGAUGCCGUACAUCAAACAGGAGGCAGAGCCAGAGAUCCCCGACAUGAAAGAAGAAGACCAGGAAGCUGAAAUCUCGCAAUUUCCAUUGACUGUCAUUGUGAAGAGCGAAGAAUACGAAAGUCCAAGCGAAGAGAGCGAAGCAGCAAACCCUUCGAGUGACAGCUCAUUUCAGCACCUGACAACAAAAGGAGAGGAAGGAACACAACCGGACAGCCUCUUAGCUCCGCUUUCAGACAGCGACGACGUGACGUCACAUUCUUCUGACUUUAAUCCUGAUGAGGAGGAUGAUGACUUUGACCAAAAUGAUUCAAAAUCUUUAAACGGGUCAUCAUUGAAAAGAGGCACAAAGGAAUGCGCGGUUGGUAAACGUUUUCCCUGCUCAAUCUGUGAUAAAACAUUGUCUUCGAAACGUUAUCUAAAAGUACACAUGCGUACACACACCGGGGAGAAGCCUUUUGUCUGCGCAUCCUGUGGUAAACAAUUCACUCAUAAGGGAGAUUUAAACAAACACACACAGAGCCACACUGGAGAGAAGCCUUUCGCCUGCACACUCUGCGAUAAAAGAUUUACUCGGAAGACUACUUUAGAAAUACAUAAGCGUACACACACUGGAGAGAAGCCUUUCGCCUGCUCACUUUGUGGUAAAAGAUUUUAUCAGAACACUCUUUUAGAAAGGCAUAAGCGUACACACACUGGCGAGAAGCCUUUCGCCUGCACACUUUGUGGUAAGCGAUUCACCCAUAAGGGAAAUUUAAACAAACACAAACGCAGACACACUGGAGAUGAGCCUUUCGCCUGCACAAUUUGUGGUCAAAGAUUUUCUCAGAAGGGACAUUUCGAAUCGCACACAAGAAACCACGCUGGAGAGAAGCCUUUUGCCUGCACAAUUUGUGGUAAAAGUUUCGUCGAUAAGGGAGGUUUAAACAAACACACAAGCAGACACGCUGAAGAGACGCCUUUCGCCUGCACACUUUGCGAUAAAAGAUUUUAUCAUAAGAGUAAUUUAGAAACGCAUAUGCGUACACACACUGGAGAGAAGCCUUUUGCCUGCUCAUUUUGUGGUAAAAGAUACGCUCAAAAAGGAACUUUAGUAACGCACACACGCAGACACACUGGAGAGAAGCCUUUCGCCUGCACACUUUGCGAUAAAAAAUUUUCUCAGAAGACUCAUUUAAAAAUACAUAAGCGCACACACACUGGAGAAAAGCCUUUUGCAUGCUCACUUUGUGGUAAAAGAUUCACUCAGAAGACUGAUUUAGAAAGACAUAAGCGCACACACACUGGAGAAAAGCCUUUUGCAUGCACACUUUGUGGUAAAAAGUUCACUAAGAAAGGAACUUUAGUAACGCACGCAAAAAGCCACACUGGGUAAAAAAAAACUGAAUUGCAGCAUGUGACAAAAUAUUCCUGCCAUGCAUUUUGUGGAAGAAUAUUUUAUUCAUGCUUAUAAAAACACAAACUUGAACUGCUGUGAAACUAUGUGUUUGUUAUACUUGCAUGUGAGACUGUAGCCACGUUCGUGUGCUCCAUAUAUUCCUUUGAACAUUUACAAUGGGUAUCUGUUGACUGCCUUAACUGAUUUGACUCCCUCCUGUACCAGCUAGAGCUAGUGCUCAAGGUCGUAACUCAAAAAAUUUUUUUCUUUGGAAAAUCACCAGAGUUGGGCUGUAAUUAGUUUCACUUCUCAUUUAAUACUAGGUGUCGUUUCAUAGUAACGCCCUUUCAACAAGCAUAUAGAGCAGUUGUCUCCAAACUAUUCCACAUAGGGCUGCAGUGGGUGCAGGAUUUAAUUCCAACAAAACAAGACCACUCCUUUUCACCAAUCUAGUGUUUCAUAAGUGUAAUCAGUUGACUGCAAUCAGGUGCUGCUUGUUUUAGUAGAAACCACAUUGGUUAAAAGGUCUGCUCUUGAUUGGUAACAAAAACCAGGACCCACAGGAGCCCUCUAGGACCGGUUUGGAGACCCCGAUAUAGACCCUACUCACCUACGUCACAAAAUGGGCGUGUCGCUGUUUCCGGCCGCCAUAUUGUACCUCUUUUUCAGACCUAUUCUCAUUGUUUUCAAUUAGUCGAGCAAGUUAUAGAGCAAUUGAUGGAAGCCCCGGUGUUAUCUGACGCUGUAAACUCAUUGGGUCUGUUGCUUAAAAGGCGUUACGUGGAAAAGCUUCAGUUUAUCCAUUCGCCAGAUCCGUAUUUGAUGCCUAAAUCGAUGUUUUUCGACCCGCUGGCUUCGCCUGACAUCUGAUAUCCUGAUAUUUACAACUAUCUUGUCCACACAAAAUCAGCCUAUUCUCACGAAAGUUUGAAAAACUUUAAGAGCUUGGAGGCUUAUAAAUGCUACGUUGCUGGUUGGGUGAAACAUGUCCUCGUACACGAAAAUUCGGCAGGAAUCUUGUGCUCGGAAGGUGAGUUACGAAAUUUUCAAUUCAAAAUCUUUUGUUCUUGCUAACAUCCACUGUCAAGUCUAAUGUAUUUCAUAUCAUUUGUCAAUGGAGCUAGGGCUUUUAAUGUUUAUAUGGUUUAGCGAUAGCACUCUCACUAUAUACAUAUAUAAUACGUAAUAAAUAUGAAGUGCGAUAGCACUACUCCAGAUUGUCCCUAGUUGAAUUUAUUUUUUGGCUUUUGACCUCAAUAGUGAAAUUGUAAAUUAAUUGUAUGACAACUGUCUGAUUAUCCCCUUAUAAUUAUAUAUUUUCAGGUAGUUCAUUCACAACGUCUGAGUGUAUGUUGUCGGCGAUUAGCCUAGCAAUGAUCUUAAUUGUGGUUGUCAGCCCAAAACCCCCUAAAUAUAUAUUAAAUGCAUCUUACCAGAUAUAAAAUGACUACUACAUAAUCUGUGGUAGUUGUUUGGAGCCCAGUUUUCUCGUCGAAUUGCAGCAGUCAAUCUCUGUCUCCUCUUCAGGUCUCUCGGAAUACGGUAAAAAUUCAAGUCUCUCCGUCUAUCUUCUCUGUUUUUGCAACCGACCGCCACACACGACUUCACCAUUUUGAUUAUUAAUGUUAACGAGCAGAAAAACACGCCAUAAUAGGAGGAAUUUACGAAGCGCUAAUGCAUUAACAUGACUAGUAUCCGGACAACAUGGCGCGGGGGCGUGGCUGUGACGUCACGUGAGUAGGGUCUAUAGAGUCUUGUCGUGUACUGUCGAGGCAUGUGCCGGUAUGAGAUUUGGACGGUACGAUAACCGUGAGCAAAAAUACCGCGGUUUUACGGUAUUGCAAUUAUAGCUCCAAAAUGUGUUAUUUUGAGAGGUAUGGGAUAAAAAAACAAACAAACUUUUUUCCGGGAUUUUUUUACUUUUCAGAAAAUAUUUGCAAAUUGGAACAUGAAUAUUAUGUUAAAAUAAAUAAAAAAACAAAAAAUAUUUUAAAUAAAAUUAAAAUAAAUAGAACUUAUAGACUACCCACAGCCACAGCUCAGGUUGCUCAAGAUUGGAGCAAGAACUAAAUUAAUUGCUAUAAAAAAGUAAAAACACUUCUAAAUAAAAUUGAAAAAUAUUGACUGUACUUUUUUUUUUUUUUUUUUUUUUUGAGGGGGCAAAAGCAGAAGUGAAGUUUCGCCAUUUUCAGCAACUGUGUCAAUUCUAGUCUACAUGUCAUGCCUUUGUGUUAAAAAGACGCAGAAUUCAUAAGUUAAUAAGUUAAAAAUGGAUAAGUUUGUUAAAAUGUGAAUAUUGUUGUGUAAAGGUUUCAUCUAAAAACACUGGGAGUGAGUCCUCUCCUUGUCCAGCGAGCGUACAUUUGUGCUUAGGGCAAGAACAUCUUUUCCUUCAUUCAAGCUUGUUUCUCAGUGGCCGUGAGAUUUAUAACCUCGACAAAGUUGCUCUCCCAGCUAAGACUAGGCUAACAUUUGUCUUUGUAAGUGUUUAGUUAAUUUGUAUUUUGAAUUUGAAAGGAAAAUGUGUGUUUUGUUUUUGGCGAACUUUUUCAUGGAUGACUUCCUCACAUCAACGUUUUAAAACUGUAUAUUUCAGUUACCAUGAUUUGAGACCUCCAUAAGUUCAAGAAAAGUACGCCUUUUGUUUGGAGUGUUUCUUUUUUGGCGUUUAGCAGAAUAGCGUCACUGACACACACACAUCAACAACCGGAGAGGGUGGGGUGAGUGCUGCCACUCCAAAAUACUUCUGGCUGCAUUUUUAAGACUUGUAAAAUAGCGAAUACCGUACUACGAUAUGACGGAAAAUUUUAGUGGUUUUGAAACCGUGACGUUUUCAUACCACGGUAAACCUUGAAACCGGUAACCGGCACAUGCCAAGUACUGUCGUAUUGUACUUCCGCUAGAUCACAGCCUUUGACUGUGCCACAUUUGUACCCUGGAUAUAUACAGUGGGGAGAACAAGUAUUUGAUACCAAAUACAGUGGGGAGAACAAGUAUUUGAUACCAAAUACUUGUUCUCCCCACUGUAUAUCCUGUUUAUAAAGUGUUCGACGCUGGCAAUCCUUGGCUGAAUCUGAUUUUUUUUUCUCUUAUUUGAGCUAUUGAUUGAUACUUGUCUUAGGGUUCAAAAGUGAACUUCCAUGACACAUUUACAGUUGAAAAAGUAUUCAAUUUCCUUUUUCAGUUUUCCUUGAGCCUCUUUUUAAAAAGUUGUUGAAUUUAUUUUUCUGGUGCUGUUCUUUUUCUAUCCAAUAUAUCUACCCAAUAUGUAUAUAUGUUUGAAAUUGAAUAAAUUGUGUUAUAUGCCUCUGUGUUGAGAUUGUUCCAUGACUGACAUGUAAUUGAUUACUUUUUUAAAGUAAGAUUAACAACACUGCUGACACCACACGCAUGAUGAAAAGAGUAGGGCACUUUCCGUCCCCCUCUGAGUGUAAAGCACAAGUUAGCGGCUUCGCGAACGCACUUCCAGUGACCAUUUCAAAAUGAAAGCACAGCAUUUUUAACAUGUAAAUAAAGAUUUCUGGAGUUAAUCUCACAAAAUUCAGAUUCUUCACCCGUUAUGAAAAAUCUGAUAUGCAAUGAGUAAUUUGGCUUCAAAUUUCAUAACGCACAAUUUGCAGGACAAGAUGACAGUCAUUUUGUAUCAAAUCAACACUUUUGAUAGGCUCUAAUUGGUAGAGAAUAGAAAUGGCAUUGGGAUUCUCACCUAUUUCAUAUUCUGCAUUUAGCUUUCAAAUGACUCGUUCUGCAUUGUCUGUGUUUUUUUUAAAUAUCUUCUUUCUAAUAUGUUUUUUUUUUUUUUUUAAGAUGAACAAUUCAUUGCAUUUGGGUGAUUUAUUAGGAUGUAUUGUCAUGACAUUCGUGGUUGAAUUGGUAAAAAAAAAAAAUUUGACAAUAAUAUCGCAUAUCAGCAAUAAUUUAUCAGACAAUAUAUCGUCUAUAUAUUUAUAUACCAUAUGAUGAUUUAUGCCUCAACGUUUAAGAAAACCCCGCAGGAAAACCUGUUGGGAUAAUAUUUAAAAGGUGCUAGGGAAAAACUGGAAAAUUGGUCACUAAGUUGUCUGUUUGAAGUGUAUAGUUCAAGCCCCUCUUGCAGUAAGUCCUUUGUGUUACAAAAACAUUUUUGCACAGUGGCCAUAUUGAUAUUUGUUAUGUACAUUGUUCAAGUCAUACAAGCUGUUAUAAAUGUUCAUACUUGAAUGCUUAUUGUUUACCAAUUUAUUUUUAUAUACUUGAUGUUUACAUGUACAAUUGUUAAAUUGGAAGCUGGUAAAUCAACGAGAAAUGUUUCAUUUGUAUUUCAUGCAAUUAUUCAGAUUCUCAAAACAUAACAGCAGCUUGGGUGAAUUUAUCAUCAUUUAUUGUUAUCAAGGUAAAUCAGUUGUGUGUAAUUAAUCUAAAGUACAUGAAAAUGUAAUUUUUAUCAUUACAUUGUGGGAAAUAAUGAACAUUAUCAGAAUAUGCUAAUAUUUGGGGAAUGACCUGUAUAUUUUUCCCCAUAUUAUUAAAAAUAUGCAAGCUGAAUGUCAUGGCAAAAGCUCGACUUUAGCAAGCAACG